UUACAGAAAUCGAUACUACCAAGCAAUGUGCUCGGGCCUCACAUUAAUGCAAGUUCUUUUCCUCCGCAGUGUUCGUUGGGUAACUCACUUUAAAAAUACCUGCUCCUGUGCGUGACGGGCACUGUCCACUUCAUGUGGAAAAAUAGCAGCUGCCACUUGAACUACUGUCGUUGUGUUGGCAUGUUGGCAGCCGGCACACCAGUUGCAUUGCCCAAAUAUCUUCUUUUCACGGGACACGUGGUGUGAAAGCUCUAAAUGUUUGCCUUCAAAGGGCCCGUAUGACAAGCGGUGCGGUGCAGCAAUGUCUUUCCUCGUGAGGGGUUUGAUUUCACCUGGCCCUCUCGGACUCCAUCAAACCCGCGAAAGACUCACGAAGAUUGCUAUCGGCGUGACCAGCCUUUCUUUUCCAAAAACUGUUUCGGAGGUCCUACCGUUCCGGUCUCAAUCUAGUCUGUCUACAGUUGGGGCACCACAGAUCCGGUGGUGGCAGCCACCCUUCGAUGAACGGACUGCGGGAGUGUGUGUACAGAACAAAGCGCCAUCAGCAGCGUGGGAGCCUACGGCAACGAUCUGCAUUCAGAGGCGCACACUUUACUGGCCACCUACGCGGAAGGACAGGUCAAAAAGGAUACGGCUUCCUUCGGGCAAAAAAUGCUUCGUUUUCAAUGCCAAGAGGGACCAAGAUGGAGAACUGGAACCGGUCCUAUGUUUCGUCGACAGCCAAGACAACCUUCUAAUGUGGUUCAACGAAGAAGAACUAUUGGAAUUCGAGAAACUGAUGCCUCGGCUGGAAAGCUACUACGAACUUUGGGAAGAGAAGGCGUCACGCACUCGAAUGAAGGAAGCCAUCGUAGCUGAGGCAGAAAGCGACUUUCCGCACAUCGGAUUGGACGGCUGAAUACAGUUGCCCUUUGGACGGUUUACUGGAAUGUGGAAACUUGGUUUCCGGCCGACUGCAAUGUUAGACUGCGAUGAUUCACUUAAGGUUCUGUCCAUGGUAGAACACUUGCUGAUCACUGACUUCGAUGCGUACUCACAUGCCGUUGUUCUUGCUGGAAAUCCGUCUGCCUCCCGUCUCAAGAGACGGUUUUUUGCCGCAGUGUCAACCCGUUGGCAGCCACAGAGCAGAAGUCUCAGCGAUCGAAGAAAAGGUGAAAAGGUACCAUAACGUUGCGCAUCGCCCCGACCCUAUGUCGUGUCGAAUGUGGGAGCUCCCAUAAGACUCUCUUUCGCGCAAAUGACUCAACAGUGCCAUGUGGGGUCCACGCAUUGAAUGCCAGACUUUAGGUUUAUCAUUCGAAAAGGAAGCCUUUCCCCUUCGCAGGGACGACGUUCCAGCACAGUUGCGUCGAAAUUCGGCAACAUGCUGUGUGACAGUUCAACGUGGCUGGCCACGCGGCGAAAAACAUGAUUUACUCCUCGUCGUCU